AGCCGCCAUUUGCCACCGCCGAGCGCACGGGCCGAGCCAAGCCUGAUCCCGGAGCCGGGGGGGCUGGGACCGGGAGGACGGCGAUGGGGGGCGGCCCCGCCGCAGGAGGACCCGGGCGCGUAACCCCGGGGGCCCGGCCCGCUCCGGACCCAGACCCGCGGGGUGCGGCACCCUGAGCCCCCCUCCCCGCCUCCUGCCCUGGCCAUGGACGCCCACCCCGCCGCCCCCGGGCCGCCAGCCCACUCGGCCCCGUAAGCACCGGAGCCCCGGCUGUGGCAGCAGUGAACGGCGGUCGCAGGCCCGGAAGACCCUGGUCCGGCUCAGCUCUCCAGCGCGCGCCCCCUUCCUGGCCUUGUCCUCUCCCCUCCCCCAGCCGCCAGCGAGCCCCUCUUGCACGCCGCCCCCCGCCCCAGCGCCCGGACGAUGCUCAAGUCUCGGCUCCGCAUGUUUCUGAACGAGCUGAAGCUGCUGGUUCUGACAGGCGGGGGGCGGCCCCGGGCCGAGCCGCAGCCCCGGGGGGGCGGGGGAGGCGGCUGCGGCUGGGCGCCCUUCGCUGGCUGCUCCACCCGGGACGGCGACGGCGACGGCGACGAGGAGGAGUACUACGGGUCGGAGCCGCGGGCUCGGGGCCUGGCCGGCGACAAGGAGCCGCGGGCCGGACCCCUGCCGCCGCCCGCACCGCCGCUGCCGCCCCCGGGCGCACUGGACGCCCUGUCGCUCAGCAGCAGCCUGGACAGCGGACUCCGAACCCCUCAGUGCCGGAUCUGCUUCCAGGGCCCGGAGCAGGGGGAGCUCUUGAGCCCCUGCCGCUGCGACGGCUCAGUGCGCUGCACGCACCAGCCCUGCCUCAUCCGCUGGAUCAGCGAGAGGGGCUCCUGGAGCUGUGAGCUCUGCUACUUCAAGUACCAGGUCCUGGCGAUCAGCACCAAGAACCCACUGCAGUGGCAGGCCAUCUCCCUGACGGUCAUCGAGAAGGUCCAGAUUGCUGCCAUAGUCCUGGGCUCGCUCUUCCUGGUUGCCAGCAUCUCCUGGCUCAUCUGGUCCUCACUCAGCCCUUCAGCCAAGUGGCAACGACAGGAUCUGCUCUUUCAGAUCUGCUACGGCAUGUAUGGCUUCAUGGAUGUCGUCUGCAUAGGCCUCAUCAUCCAUGAAGGAUCCUCUGUCUACCGCAUCUUCAAGCGCUGGCAGGCAGUGAACCAGCAGUGGAAGGUCCUAAAUUAUGACAAGACCAAGGACAUAGGAGGAGAUGCAGGGGGAGGGACGGCAGGGAAGCCGGGCCCCAGGACCUCACGGACGGGCCCCACCUCUGGGGCCACCAGCCGCCCCCCAGCUGCCCAGCGCAUGCGGACGCUCUUGCCUCAGCGCUGCGGUUAUACAAUCUUGCACCUCCUUGGGCAGCUGCGGCCACCAGAUACCCGUUCCAGCUCCCAUUCUGGCCGAGAGGUUGUCAUGAGGGUCACUACAGUCUGAACUGGACUCCAGGAGCAGGGAUCUUGAGUCAAUGCAUCAGUCAGAGAAGAGCUCUCAUGACUGCUGGAGGUACCAGCUGGACAAGGUGUUUGGGGCAUGCUGCCCCCAUCACCUAGGAUCUCUGUGGGCAGCCUCAAGCUGGAGACAUUGUCUGGCCUCACUGCCCACUGGGUAGAGACACCUGGAUGACAUUUCAGUACCCACUGGCAGCUCCUCACACUCAUCCAGAGAUGGCCGGUGGGCAGGCGGGGAGAGCAGCUUUCUUUCCCUGGAGAGAACCGUCUUUACCUCAGCUCCUAGGGCCUCCAGCCCCCCAGCUCCACCAUGGUGACUUGGUGAAGGGGGACCAAUGCCAGAAGAAAGGGGCUGUAGACCCCUAUUCCCCACCCCAUGGCCACAGGGCAUCUGGCAAUAAGACUAAUAUACAUUGACCUCCCGUUCCCUGCAUGAGGGCGGGGGACUUCCCCCUGCUCCAUCCCCCAUUGCAUGGGGGAAGGGCAUAAAGAAUCAUUUAUAUGCACAUGGAGACUCCUUUCUCAUCUGGGGCUUUUCUGGAGGGUUGGGAGGUGUGGGGAGGUUUCUCUGCACAGGUUGCAAAUCCCAAAUGCAGCAGUGGGUUCCGAGUUGUAGGUGUGACUCCCAUUUGCUGGUGAAUAAUUCAUGUUGGCUGCUAGGUGGCAGUGCUCAGAGGUAUCUAGGGGUAGACCUGGACCUGCCACCUAUGAGUUGUAUGAUUUAGAAAAAAAUCUCUUGGCUAUGGUUUUCCUGUCUACCUCAUAGGGUUGGAAUAAGGAUAAAUGAGGGACAGGUUGGAUGUCGUUGCAAAGAGAAUCAGCAAUGACAUAGGGAGAUUUCUAGAAUAGUUGAUGGUUCAUUUAUUUCAAAUAGUAGCUGGUAUAACAAAUUCUAAAAUGUGUUUUUCAUCUGAAGUUGCACAGAAUCUUGGAAUUUUGUGUUGAGUGACAUAAUAGGUAUGGAAAUAUGAGGGAAAAUAGACAUUGCAAAUGUGAAGCAUGGUGAUUAUUUGUAAGAAUGAGAACUCCUCUGACUGAAUAUUUGGGCCUGUGGGCUGGGGAAGGCUGGAGCCAUCCGCCUUUUUCUGGAGAUCAUCUGGGUUCUUUUAGCCCUUCGCAAGUACUGUGCUCACCCAGAAAAGCAGUGUGAAGUGAAUUUGGACUCAUCUGGAGUGAGAUGGAGGGAACCCCCCUCCUCAGUUAUGAGUCUCCAACCCCAGUUUAAGCUAUUUCUAUGGCAGUUUAGGGUCACAGGUUUGAUCCCAGUGUGCCGAGCUAGUGGUAUUAAUGGAUGGCAUUAUGUUUGGAGGCAGCAGCAUAGAGGACUGUUGUUUAUAGAGAAAAGAUUUGGGAAAGACUGGUUAAAAUGUGGGUCAGCCUGAAGGCUGGGCACUUUCUUCUGUGACCUUGGGGUUGUGUAUUAUAUGAAUGAUGCUGUUUUUUAAGUAAACCAUUCAUCAGCAA